AUGUCAAUUGCUUCCAUGGCUUCUAGAUCUCCUACAUUUUUCAGAGUCGACAAUACGAGCAAUUCGUACAUCAGGAAAUCCGCCUCUCAAAGCGCUCGGCGAAGUGCGUGCGACCGAUGCCGCGCUUACAAACUCCGUUGCGUAUGGCCAUCGGACGAGAUCCCAUCGCCCGAGCGCAAUGAAGCAUCAUUGAUGCCAUGUGCGCGAUGUGUCAAAGCAGGCGUCGAGUGCGUUCGUGUGGCGCACGCACGUAGGUCGCCAACUAUUCGCCCCAGUGGCUAUGAACGUCGGCUGGCGCGACCUCCUCCCUUGUCACCACCCGCCUCCAACCAAUCUGCCAACAAUCGCCGUACUUUUGUCUCCGGAGUGGUAGCCAAAUCAUAUCCUGACAAAUCAGCCUCGCUCAGCGUUUACUCCUCACCUUUGUCGGCACACCCUUCCAGGGAGGACUGCACCACAGGACAGAUGCCAAGCACUGUUUCUCCAAUGGAAUAUCAGCACAGCAAUGUCUUCGCGCCAUCAUCAUCAGAUGCGCCGGCCAUGUCGACAAAAUUCCCGCCACUCCUACCAAUGAACAGGGAUGAGAGGACCGGGCCUGAUGUAUCUUACGGCCUUGGUGAAUUUGACCUUGAAAUGAUGACAUCUGGCUCGCUGUUGGAUGCUAUGCUCGACGACGAUCUAGCGUCGGCAAAUCGAAAUGGUGAACCUGGGGAACCCACUGACGAUCAGGUUCGGGAUUCUGAUCAAAAUGUCCGUCAAGUCAAAGGGACUACCGGCGCCACAACAUGUUCCAAAACAAAAGGGCCACCCAAAACAAGGCACGAAUGUCUGCACCGACUUUCCCGUCUCAAUUUGAAACUUUUGGACUGCCUGAGUGCUGCGGAGGACCAUCCUAUUGCUCUUGAAGACAUCUUGGCCUAUCAGUCUCCUUGCGAUACACCAGAGACAAAACCAUGCAAAAACAUCAUAGGAUUCCUCCUGGAGAGCUCCCAGGAGUUUUUGGAUGCAGUUGAGGGAUUGAAAGAUUUGAUGGAACGUCAAGAAAAAGAGUCGUCAUACGACUCGAAUCAAAAUUCGGAGGAUUUCCUGGUGGACUCACUUGAUACGUCCGUCUUCUUCAACAAUCAGACAAGGAACAAACCCCAGAACGAUGAUGGGGAUACUAUCUACAGCCAGUUUUCGGGAACCACGUUGCACCCACCUGGUGGCGAGAAUAUGCCUGGCAGCACAACUUCUUCACACCCCAGGCGGCCCGGUGGCCACUGCAGCGGUCCGACAACAUUGACCAUCAUGACGUGUUAUAUUUGGCUGUUUCACGGUUAUGAGGCAGUCUUCGCGGCCAUUCACGACUCCCUACUAUCACAGAACCAGCGGCGCAAAAACCGACGGACAGCCCUGUCAGGGCACGAAGGGCGCAUUGGGGACCCACAAGACGCGCAGCAAAUGUCACCGCAAUCAAAAAGCCGGAAAACAGACUUAGCAACUUCUCUACUACCCAAUGUCCGCAUAGGGGGAUUCCAGCUGGAUGGACACCCUCACUUGCAGAUCGAAAUGCUCAUCUAUAUCAGUUGUCGGAUCUUGAACCAAAUGGAAAGUGUUUUAGGUAUUAAACCAAAACCGGCGGAUAGUGACACAACGGAAUCAGGAACGAUUUCGAUUGCUGAUCGCGAAAAGAGUUUCUUAGAUCCAAGAUGCACGCCGACGUUGUUGCGUUCACUGCUGUGCGCCGCGGACGGUGAUGAGGACGAUUGCAGUACCUCAGCUCCAACUACUUUGAUCGAGGGCAUAGUGAAGAAAAUCAGGCGAAUGCUAGAUAUUAAGUAA